AUGAGGAUGCAGGCCAGGGCCAGGCUCAGCUCUGUUGUUCACGGGGUCACCAUGAGUCCUCCAGUGCUCGUGGGCCUGAAGGCACUUAGCAACAACUACAACAACACAUGCAUGUCAGUGAAUAAAGGGACUGAAGACUGGGAGCCAGGAGUGACCGGACAGGAGGAGCUGCAGGUGACUCAGCCUGGGACGGCGUCAGUCGCAGCCGGAGAGGCGGUCAAUCUGUCAUGUGUCCUCUCCUCCCCUUUGCCUGUGGGGCCCACCCUGUGGUUCAGGGGAGCAGGACCCGAUCGGCAGUUAGUCUACAAUUUCAGAGGAGGCCUGGACCACAUACGCCUCUUCCCCCGAGUGAGAAACCUUACAGAUCAAACAAAACAAGGGAACCUGGACUAUUCCAUCAGCAUCAGCAACAUCACCCCAGCCGACACCGGCACCUACUUCUGUGUGAAGUUCAGGAAAGGGAGCCCUGAUGUGGAGUAUAAGUCUGGUCCUGGGACCCGGGUGACUGUGAGUGCCAAGCCCUCUGCCCCUGUGGUAUCUGGCCCCUCAACAAGGGCCACCCCUGGGCACAGAGUGAGUUUCACCUGCCAGUCCCAUGGCUUCUCCCCCCGAGAUGUCACCCUGAAGUGGUUCAAAAAUGGGAACGAGCUCCUGAUCCACCAGGAAGAGGUGGUCCCAACGGACGACAGUGUCUCCUACAACGUCUCCAGCACAGCUCAGGUGAUGCUGACCCAGGACGACGUCCACAGCCAGGUCAUCUGUGAGGUGGCCCACACGACCCUGCAGGGCUCUCUCCGUGGGACAGCCAACUUGUCUGAGACCAUCCGAGUUCCGCCCACCUUGGAGGUUACACAACUACCCCAUGGGAACCAGGUGAACGCCACCUGCCAGGUGAAGAAGUUCUACCCCAAGAGCCUAAACUUGACCUGGUUGGAGAAUGGAAAUGUGUCCCGAGCACAUUCCGCUUCGAUCCUCACCGAGGACAAAGAUGGGACCUAUAACCUGAAGAGCUGGACCCUGGUGAAGUCAUCUGCCCUCAGGGAGCAUGUGGUGCUCACCUGCCAGGUGGUGCAUGACGGGCAGCCAGUGGUCACCAAGCAGCUGACCCUGACGCGCACAGAGCCGCAGAAGAACGAGAACACAGACACGCCCUCUGGUGAGUCUUUCACGUCUCCUCUCCCCCUCCUUGGAGGUCUCCUCCUGGGCUUCAAAGUGCUGCUGGUGCUUGGUGUCUCUGUCCUCUAUGUCUACAGGAAACAGAAGUCCUGA